AUGUCUGUUGGUUCAGUAAACAGGUCUAUCACUAACAUCCGGACGGAGUUGGAGUACUUGCUGGAGAGCAAAGUGAUAUCGAGGGACACAUUCGACGAGUUCAACCGUAAACUGCCCGAUAACUGGGACGGCAAGCCCAUUGGAGGAGCCGGGGAGAAGCACCCGCCGCACGAGCCAGAGUACGUCGAGGCCAUUUUCCGGUACAAACCGCAGGAGAAGGAGGAUCUCGAGUUGCAAGUCGGCGAUAAAGUGGAGAUUCUCGAGAAACUAUCCGCCGAUUGGUACAGGGGCAAGAACAAGGGCAAAGUAGGCGUGUUCCCAAGCAACUACGUCAAGGCUGUAAAAUUCAGCGGCGUCGACGACGCAAUGUUUCAAGAUAUCCCGCCUUCCUCGUUUUCUACGCAGCAGUACGUCCCACCGUACGUCCCACCACCACAGGAGAAACCGCAACAGCCAAAGCCACAGCCACAGCCGCAACCACAACCACAACCACAACCACAACCACAACCACAACCGGAACCAAAACCACAGAAGCAACAUCAUCAUAGCGGUGCCGGUAAAAAUCUACUGAAACAGUUCGGUAAUUCAAUUGUCUUCGGUGCCGGUCAGCGGAUAGGUUCAGACAUUGUCAAUGGGAUAGCAAACAAAUUUUAG